AUGGAGAGAAACGAGUCCACAGUGAAACUUAUCGACAAUGACCAACUGGACUUCUUAAGUGAUCAGCUGGAAUCUGAAGGAUUUUCCUCUGGAUACGACUCUUGUGAUACAUCAGAUUCUGAAUCCCAAUCUCAACAUAACGACAACGCUGAUGAUGUCGAUGAUGGCAUGAACUUAGAAUGUGACGUCGGCGGUGACCACCACGUUAAGUAUCAGAACACCAGCGCCCUCUGUGACCAUUUGAAGUACAUCUUAUCCAUGCCAGAGCUUUGUGACAUCACAUUCUUUGUAGGACCAACCAAAGUCCCCAUCCAUGGUGUAAAAGCUAUUCUAUCAACUCGAAGCAGGGUUAUGUACCAGCUCAUCCUAAAGAAUGAACGCUGUGUGAAAGAAGCCAAGAAGUCAAGAAAGACCAGACAAUCCCGUUUGACCAUUGAAGUUAACAAGUACCAGCCCGAGGACUUCCGCAAGAUUGUACAGUUCAUCCACUGUGGAUCCGUGGAUGUAGACUCCAGAAGUGUUGCAGGUUUGCUGUGUGGAGCCAGACAGUUCGGAUUAGAUGACUUGAAGACCGCUUGUUGGGACUAUGUCCGGCGAUGUGUCCAGACUCGACCUCAGUCAUUAACAACCAUACAGAGAGGAGCCAAUAAAUACAUUCACCACCGAUACGGAAUCAAGUUAUUUACCAAGAUUCAACAUUUCAUGACAUCAGCUGCAAAGAAAGUGGCCACAGAGACAGCAGUGUGAUAUACCCUACACAGAAUGAUGCUUGUAUAUGAUGUAACAUAA